AUGGCAGGAACGAGCAACAAAAGAAGCGGUGCGAGAAACCACAAAAGAGGGCGAUUUAAUGAGAGAGGAGCAGACUCAAAAAAGAUGGAUCAUGUUGGUGAAGCAAGUUCAUGUGAUGGCAUGUCUACCAGGGUUGGAGCCGGUACUACGAAAAAGCGUAAUACGAAAGAGUGCUACAAGGGUGGAGCGAGAACGAAUGAGGUUGUGCGGUGCAAGAAGGGUUAUGUCAGUAGAUCGUGUAAAGAGAACGACAUUCGAGGGAGUUGUCAGGAAAACGAUGCACACGACGACUCGUACAGCGAAUGCACGAAAAAGACCAAGAAAUAUACAGAAUCUAAAAGUAUGCAGAAAAGCAAGACGAAUGAACUAAUCGAUCAGUGUAAAAAGGACUGGGAAAUUUCCAGGAGAAAGAAGGUAGCGAAGAGUGAAAGGGAAGACGCUAACAAACGGAUUGUUAAAAUUUUGAAAGGACAUUUUUACCAAGUGCUGAGAAAGCGGACGGGGUCAAAAAUAGUGCAGACCCUUUUCAAAUACGGUAAUGCCACGUUGAAAGACCAAAUUUUUGAUGAAAUCUACAGGUACAUACCCGAACUAUGCCAAUGUUCAUUCAGCAUCUUUUUUUUGCAGAAAUUGGUGGACUCGAAGUACCUUGGAAAAGUAUUUGAAAUGUUAAAGAAGGAACACCGAAAAAUACUGACAAGUCGAGUUGGUGCAUUCUAUUUUGAUGAGGUGUAUCAAAGAAUGAAAGUUGUCCAGAAGGGAGAAAUGAUAAAGGAGAUCAUGGGGAGCGAGGCUAAAAUAUUCUAUGGUGGUAAACCGUUGGAAGACAUACCAAAAGAGAAGUUCAAUUUUGAAGCUAUUCUGCAGAAAAUGAUGGACAAAGGCCUAACGAACUUGGAAAUAAUGCAUGAUUUGAUUUACUAUCACUUGAUGCAUUUUAAUGAUGCUGAUGAGCGCAGGGUGUUUAUGAAGGGGCUUUCAUUGUUUUUUGUUGAUCUGUUGCACACUCAAAGAGGAAAAUCGAUUGCUUUUGAACUGCUGAGGACGAGCGAGAACAAGAAAAAAAUAUUUAAGAAAACGGGAGAAUACAUCUCGAAAAUGGUCGAAAACGCCUUUGUGCACGAUGUUCUGCUAGAAUUGAUACAAAAUGGAGAUGACAAAUACGUGCUAAGAUACAUACUGAAGCCGAUAAAAACCGGCAUGGACGUAUUCCUGAACACAGAUAAUUUUGAUCUAUUUCUGUUAAAACUGAUAGACGCACACAAGUUUGAAGUUUUGAAGAACAAGUUUAUGAAAGCCUACAAAAAGAAUGAGAAAGUGUAUGCUCUAAGAUACGAGAAAGUGGUUGGAAAAUUAGGAGGCCCUGAUCUCAAAGACAAUGAAGGAACGUGCGCAGAGGCUUCAUGAUCAAUAUUUAUAUUUUGAUUAAACCAUUAAUUUGCAGAAA